UGGUGCUUGCACAGGUGAACAUUUCAAUUCGCUAAUAAUAGUCAGCAGUUGCUAUUGAACAAAAAAUUGUAUCAGGCCAUUUGGCACAUAUCAAAGACUGCACAACGCCUAAUAGGGAUGAAUGCGGCUAUCGCACGCUCAUCCCUGUAAAUUCCACGUCUCGCUUAGUCCAAGUCAUGCCGCACAGUUUUACUUGAAGCGGUUAUUUACUCAUUGAUGUCUUGCCCUCAGGUUGCCACAAGUUUUGAUGAACGCUCAGCUCAGGCCAGCCUACCUACCCCUGGUUUGUCUGGCUUAGGUGCUGGUCUCUACAGUCAGACUACGUUUGAACAGGUGCACAUUAUUUCCUUCUGUGUUGCACUUUUCCUACACCUUUGUAGUACUUCAAGUAGGCAGUUUAGGCCAUACAGCUGAUUACAAUAAGCACUCUUGUUUUCAGGCUGCCAUGGAUUUGGAAUAUGAAACUGCAGUCCAGACCAACCUGUCUGAGCCCGGUCCAUCUGGCCUAAGUACCAGUGUUCCUAUUGAGCCACAACUUGCGCAGGCUGCAAUGGAUACUGGAGACAACAGUCAAGUACAGGAGAGCCUCUAUGUCACCGACCCAUCCAGCCUAGCUGCUGUUCUUCAAUUGGAGGUGACACCAGUGCAGGCUGCCAUGGAUUUGGAAUAUGAAACUGCAGUCCAGACCAGCCUGUCUGAGCCCGGUCCAUCUGGCCUAAGUACCAGUGUUCCUAUUGAGCCACAACUUGCGCAGGCUGCAAUGGAUACUGGAGACAACAGUCAAGUACAGGAGAGCCUCUAUGUCACCGACCCAUCCAGCCUAGCUGCUGUUCUUCAAUUGGAGGUGACACCAGUGCAGAAACUACAAAGGUCAUCGAAUGUGGAAGCUGCUCUAACAACGCCAAAAAAGAGGAAGCUGGCAAAGGUCGACACCCCUGAGAAAGCUUUCUUGCGAGCUCGUGCAGCAAGACUUGCUUCACAGCAGCAACAGUCAAGAAAAGCGAUCAAAAGACUGCAGCAAUCAAGGCGGCGUCUUCAAAAACAGAAUGCCGAACUAAAAUCGGUUCUGAAGACACUAACCACACAGAACAUUUUGCUCAGAGAACAGGUUUCUGUGCUCGACAGUCUUGGUGCUGCAAAUCAACAGCUUUUGCAACGACAGUUCAGCCAGAAGACGUUCACCAACCGAUGUGCUGAAUGCAAGCACACAGAGGAAGCAGCUUUUGACCGAGGAGUCGGUGGUUGA